AUGUUGACGGUCAGUAUGUCGGGCACCAAUCAUUACAAUAGAAACAGUGAAGGACGAAACCAAUGGAAUACCCAAGUGAUUGUCGAGACUCUUGAGCCAAUUCUACAUCAUCUGGUAGAUGGGGAGAACAUUGUCCACAGACCGACCCUUCUCAAACGGCUGUUGCAGGAGUAUGGUAUUCAAAUCAGCCGUUCAACGCUCAACAAAUACCUCAAGCAAUUCAAUCUUGGAGGACCAAAAAGGGCUGGCUUCUCCAUCGAACAGGUCGAAGGAGUCAUUGUCAUGCACAUCAGACAACACGACCCUCAGAACACAGACUUGCCCGCAAGGAUAGCAGCGGCUUUGGGCAGCCGAGGGAUACACAUUGCUCGUGACAUGGUCCGAGCAGUGAUGAAGACACACUUCCCUGAAGGAUUUGAUCAACGAUCCCGCUCAGCUACAAACAAGACAUCUCACAAUGCUGUCAUUCAGUCUUAUGGACCCAAUGAUCAACUCUCUAUCGACGGGCAUGACAAGUUGUCGAGUAUUGGGUUUCCAAUCUAUGGCAUGCGGGACAAGUUCUCCCGCAAAUGGAUUACUCUUGUUGCAGUUCCCAACAACCGGACUAAUGUCAUCACUUCAUAUCUAUACCUCAAGACGAUCCGGGACAUGGGAGGCAUACCUCUACAGGUCACGAGCGAUCAUGGUAACGAAGUCAUGGAUAUAUUUGGAUACCAAUCGGCUUUGAGAGAGACCGCUGUUGCCCCUUUGGCAGAUCUUAUUGCAAAACUGGAUAUCGGUGUUGCACCCGAACCUCAUCGCUUCCUGUCCUCAACCAGGAACAUCACAGUGGAACGGGGUUGGAAGCCUUUGGUGACCAAAUUCAACCGGAAGAUUCUCGUCAGUACAACCAAUGCAAUUGCAUCUGGUGAUUACAUUGUGGACAAUCGCAGUCAUCGGGUCAUCUACCUAUUCUUGAUGGCACCUCUUGUUCUCGAGGAAUUGGAGAUGUACAAGAAGGCUGCCAAUUGUCAGGUUAUCCGCCGUCAGAAAGGGAUCAGUCUGCCAUCUGGCAUGUCGGCAAACACAGCUUAUACAUCGGAAGGCCAAGAUUGUCUUCUGAGGCUGUCACCUGAUAGCUUGGAUCAGGUCGAUCGAUGGAUUGUGGACAUUGAAGCAGCAUACCCUCGCCUGCUAUGCUUUCUCACAUGGGACGAGGAGAGCUGGGUCAUGUUACUUUGGAACCAUGUUUGCUCGGUGACCGGCGAGCAAGCUCUUCCCAAGGUUUCUUUGCUUAAUAUCUGGUCCACCUUCCGUUUGAUGACAGGACACAUCACAGAUAUCCCAUGUCUUGUAAAUGAAUGA